AUGAGUCGCCUACAAGAAAUUGGAGCCCAUGUGCUUCUCUUCUUUUUGGUGUUUGGAAUGUCGGCCACGGUGGAUAUUCCACGAAUGAAGAAGCAAAUGCGGAAUCGAUCUGCUUUGCUGAUAGGAAUUGCCCUUCAGUUUUUGAUAUUGCCCUUUGUGGGCUUUAUCAUUGUCUAUUUAUUGAAUCUGAGUGCUCCUUUGGGAAUUACCUUGUUGGUGGUGACCAGUAGUCCUGGAGGAUCCUAUUCCAAUUGGUGGUGCUCCCUGUUCAAUGCGGAACUUGCCUUGAGUGUGACAAUGACAGGAUUAUCAACAGCUCUUUCCGUCUUUAUGCUGCCUUUAAACCUUUCCAUUUACGUCUCUUCGAUAUACGAUGGUGAUGUCGUCAAAUCCUUGAAUUGGUUUUCCCUUAUUUUAAGUUUGGUCGUGGUCAUUACGGGCAUUGUCAGUGGCGUCUUGUCUUCGGCUUGGCAAAAUUCCACUCGGUUCAAUUUAAGGGCCAAUCAAAUGGGAAAUCUUGCGGGAAUCUCCUUGGUCGUGUACUCGGCACUGGUAUCAUCGUCUUCGGAAGACGCCAGUCUAUGGAACCAGGAUCCUAGUUUUUACAUUGGUGUUUCCUUGCCGGCCAUUUUUGGAGUCGUGAUUGCCAGUCAACUUGCCUCCAAGGCCGAUUUGGAAAAACCAGAACGGGUGGCAGUCGCCGUCGAGGCUUGUUAUCAGAAUACAGGAAUUGCCACAUCGGUAGCCAUUACCAUGUUCCAAGGAGCCGAUGAAGCCACGGCCAUUGGUGUUCCACUCUUUUAUGGCAUUGUCGAGAUGGUCGUCCUGGCCAUCUACUGCAUUGCCUGUUGGAAAAUGGGUUGGACCAAGGCACCUGCCGACGAGAAUCUUUGCACCGUCAUUACUACCUCGUACGAAGUGGAAAAUGCUCGUCUCGAUUCACCCAAUGCCAUUGAGGUGGUGCACGGACAAGGUGAUGGCGGUGAUGAACAAGACCUCGACAACAUGGUGUUUACGCAAACCAAUGAGGGUUACAAGGUCGAUGAAGGACAAUUCGAAGAAACCUCUAAUGCCGAACGAAUAUCCAAAGACAAUAUCAACAAAUUGCCGGUAGACGAUAAGGAGCUCAUUUAA